AGGGGUGGGUCGACAAGGCAUUUGGCAAGAGCGUCCUUUCCUUCAGUUGAGGUGGAGUCAACCAAUGGCCUCAGAGCCUGGAAAAUUUUGCAGGACAGUUUCCCCUGACAGCUUUGCAAGGAUUGUACCAUUUCAAUUGAAGCAUAAAUCCACACGCUCAGCUCUUGGCUUCUGUCUGCCCUCCCGGAACUGAGAGAUCUCAGUUUCAGCCUUCACUUCUCUGUCUUGUCACUACAGGGUCAAGCUUCUCCAGAUUUUCCUAGUCAGAACUCUUAAGUGACCAUGGCAGACACCACCCUCCAUAUCGUCGAGCAGCCAACUGCAUCUGAGGCUUCGGAUGAGCCAGCUGCUGAAGAACCCAUUAAAUCUGACCAGAUCAAUGGUGUUAUGGUGCUUACCCUUUUGGACAAGAUUAUUGGGGCUGUGGAUCAGAUUCAGCUGACCCAGACUCAAUUGGAAGAGAGACAGCAAGAAAUGGAUGGUGUAGUGGCCAGCAUCCAGGGGGAACUGGUUAAGCUCACCAAAGCCCACUCCACCACCAGCAAUACAGUCAACAAGAUGUUAGAGAAAGUCCGUAAGGUCAGUGUUAAUGUGAAAACUGUCCGACAAAAUCUGGAGAAACAAGCUGGACAAAUCAAGAAGUUAGAAUCCAAUGAGACGGAAUUGCUGAAGCGUAGGAACUUUAAAGUCAUGAUCUACCAGGAUGAGGUGAAACUGCCAACCAAGCUGAGCAUAAGUAAAUCUGUGAAAGAAGGGGAAGAAGGGGAAGAGAUCCCAGCUGGUGAGGAGCACCCUGGAGAGGAUCAUAUUGAGCUCUCCUCAGAUGAAGAGGUUGAAGUUGAAGAGAUUAUUGAGGAAUCACGAGCAGAACGCAUUAAGAGAAGCAGCAUGAGGAAAGUUGAUGACUUCAAGAAGGCAUUCUCUAAGGAGAAAAUGGAGAAGACCAAGUUGAAAACUAGAGAGAACCUAGAGAAGACCAAGCUGAAGACCAAAGAGAACCUGGAGAAAACCAAGCAAAAUCUGGAGAAGACCCGACAUAACCUGGAGAAGAGAAUGAACAAACUAGGCACUAAGAUAGUCACCACUGAACGCAGGGAGAAGAUGAAGACUUCCCGAGAUAAGCUGAAGAAGUCCUUCACCCCUGAUCAUGUAGUCUAUGCACGUUCCAAGACAGCUGUCUAUAAAGUGCCACCUUUCACCUUUCAUGUCAAGAAGAUCCGUGAGGGAGAGGUAGAAGUGAAGGCCACAGAGAUGGUGGAAGUUGGUGGAGAUGAGACAGAGAACACAGAUCUGCUGAGAAGCGAAAGCCCUGAGAUGAGCACACUUCUGCAGAUCACUGAGGAGUCAGAUGCAGUGCUUCAAGAGAAGAGUGAUAGUGAGUGAGGCAGGUGGCAGUAUGAAAGCAUCAAAUGCUGAAUAUGUAAUCUUCCACAUUUUCCACAUUUCCUCUUUUUGGCCUCACAUGGGCAUGCGCAUGCACACAUACACAUGCAUACAUAUACAUACACAAUAUAUACAGAAUUUUUACAGCUCGCCUCCCCCUUCUUCAACAUGUAGCUUCAAGGUGCAUUUUUGUAUAUUUCUGAUUCAUCAUAUAGAACAUAGAACAUACUUAUAAUCCAGCAAAAUACCAUUCCUGCUACUAAAAGCUUGCUUUGCCAGCCUGCCAUGGCAAUACCCCAACUUCCCAAAGGUGCUACCCAAGAAAUAAUCUAUUUCUAUGCCCAAGAAGCAUGCUGCUUCUUAGCUAUCCUCUUUGAUGUCAAGAAUGCUUCCUGGAGACUUAAACACAAACUUGUCAGACAGAAGACAAAGCUCAGGCAUGGAAGCAAAGAAGGAAUUGGCUCAGUAUAUCAUAGAACUAGGGGAUAAUGAAGGGAACAUGGAAAUUACUGCUUGAAUUCAAAGAUAUUGUGAUGCCAUGUAGUGCCUGAUUCAGGUAUACAGUCUGUGCAUACUUCAAUUUCCAAGAGAUUAUAUGGAAAAAAAGUUGCACUUAGUAGGCCUUAUUUCACCAGUAAAAAUCAAGUGAUUGCCAAUGAAUACAUCAACAGGAAGUAAUAUAAACAGGGUGUCCAUUUGCACUAUUAGCUACACAGAUAUGUGAAGCUACUUUGCAACAUGGUUGAAAUAGGGAUACUGAUCUGGGGAUGAGGAUUGGAUGCAAGGAACAUUAGACAAGUAGGGAGAGUCAAGGGGGAAAAGAUGGCUCAAGGACAGAGUGGAUGUGGCCUUAUGACAGCUUUAGCUACGAGCAAUAGAGGGUUACCAACAUCAACAAAACAGGAGGCAACUAUCAUCUAUUUCAUUAGCAAUCUUGACUUCCAUUCCUGGACUGGAUCCAGAGAGCACUGCAGGGUUGUUUUCUGCCUAGGCUAGGGCUCCAGCAGUAGGCCAGCUUUAACUAGUUGUGUAAUACUUGAGAACAUGCAGUUUUUACUAAACUUGCAACAUGGAAAGGGUGUCAAAGUACAAGAGUUCACUAAUACAGGAUAAUUUGUUAUGGGGAAAGGGAUUCUCAGAUGCCCUCCCUGAACAAUACACUCAAAAUCACACACAUACUGACUUCCAUACAGCUACCUCUUUGGCUUGCAGGGGACAGUUUUCAAGCGAGCCUGAAGCCUCGCUUUCUAGUCACAAGUCAAUGGCCUCCUUCCCCAUUUUCUGACACAUGUAACUAUCCUUCCCUUGCAUGAUUUUGUGAUUUUCCCCAGCCCCUGCCUUCCUGCCUUCCUCACAUUCUACUGGGAUUUCCCCCCAGUGUCUCUCUAUGGUCAAGGAGAAAAUAUUUGCAGCUAUGAAUCCAUCAUAUGUCUUGCAAUUCUGCAUCCAGCGUAUCUACCACAAAUACCACAUCUGUACCAGAACUGCCUAUUCUAACAUCCCCAGAAAUGGCUUGGCUAUCCAGACCUUAGCAAGAAGAAGUGUAUGUGUGUAAGGGGUGUUUUUAUUGGACUGAGAAGCGUGCGAGCAAGUGAGUAAGGGUUGUUCCUUUUGCACUGCACUUUCCUUCAAGCCUUUCAGUUCUUAUCAUGGAUCUAGAAGAAGAGAGACCCCAGGAUAUAAGAUAUGCUUGGCUUUCAAAACCAUCAAAGAUGGGAUGGGGAUCUUGCCUCAUUCUGGGGAAAAUAAAUAUGUGGGGAAGAGGGUGCUGUGCCAAGCAGCCGCAUUGCUCUUUUUUCUAAGACUGCAUCCUGGUGAGCAGCAUGAAUAAUAAACUUUCUUUUCUACAUGGACAAGUGUAAAGUGUUUGGGGGAACAACAUUACACAGGUUAGUGAACUAGAAGCAGGAACAUUUCCACAAUCAAAUGACAUUUUUUAAAAGUACACCAACACUUCCCUUAUGUUUUUGAGGAAAGAGCAGGAAAGUUCCCAAGAGCAAGAAAUAAAUAAGGAAUGAAACAUAGAUCCCAUUGGGAAGUGGGGAAGGAAGAGAGCAACUGCCUCAGUAGAAGCAGGAUUGGCCAAAAUGACUGUUCACUCUCUAGAGCAGCCCUUCCCAACCUGGCAUCCUUGAAGGACAAAAAUUUCCAGCUUGCCUAGCUAAAAGAUAUUGGUUGGGAAUGGUGGGAGCAGCAGUGCCAAUACAACCAAAAUGCUGUGGUUUGGAGAAGACUGCUAAUGGCUUUGCUUGUCCACCAUAUUUUUACUAUUUAAUAGAUCUUACCAGCAAAAACAAAGAUUUACAGGGGAUUUCUUUCAAAAAAAAGUUCAGUAUGUUGUUUUUUUUUAAGAGAGAUCGUGUUUCCCCAUGGCUAAUAAGGCAGGAAACAUCAGUCGAACUAAACAGUUGUUUUACCCAAGAAUUUAAGAGCAGUUGCUCUUCAGAUACAAGAUUUUAGGGGAAAGACAGGUGAAAGGAAGUGAAAGGAAACUGGUUUUUUUUAUAUACACAUAAUCCCCAAUUUACUACAACAGUUCAUUUAGUGCAGGGGUGUCAAACUCAAGGCCCAUGAGCCGGAUCCAGCCCGUGGAGUGCUUAAUUCUUGCCUGCAGGACUGGCCUGGAAAUAGCAAAGGCUCAGCCCACGGUGCCUUUAGCCAAAACGCAUGCGGGCCCCCCUGCACCAGUGGUGAAAUGUAAAAUUUGUUACUACCGGUUCUGUGGCCGUGGCUUGGGGGAGGGGGGUAAUGUGACGGUGGGCGUGGCCAACUUUUUUUUUUUUAACUUUUAAAAGCAUUUUUUCUACAACCUCUUCUGCCAAACAGGUUGUUUAAAAAAUGCUUUUAAAAGGCUCUGACGAUCCCAGCUGAGCCACGCGAUCAUCAGAGGCUUUUUUUUUUUCCCCUUUGGCCGAAGAAAAAAUGCUUUUAAAAGUUUUUUAAAAAGCCUCUGAUGGUUGCACAGUUCAGCUGGGCAUGGGGGCAGGGCAGGGUUUUUGCUACUGGUUCUCUGAACCACCUGCCGCCAUCACUACUGGAUCAGGCGAUCCGGUCCGAACUGGGAGCAUUUCACCCCUGCCCUGCACUCCAUUUUGGCCAGCAGGGUGCUGCAGGAGAAUGCUGAGGCCGAAAAUGGGAUACUAUGCCCCAUAUUGGCCAGCAGGGUGCUGCAGGAGGUAUUCGUCCUGUCUCCCCCCCUCCCCACCCCAGCUGGCCCAUGGAGGAGAACUACAAUGCUGAUCUGGCCCUCGAAGAAAUCCAGUUUGACACCCUUAAUUUAGUGACUUCAAAGUUACAACUGAAGUUACAACUGAAAAAAGUGAGUUAUGUCCAUUUUUCACACAAUUGCAGCAUCCCCAUGGUCAUAUGAUCAAAAUUUGGAUGCUUGGCAACUGGCAUGUAGUUAUGACUGUUGCAAUGUCCUGGGAUCAUGGGAUCAUCUUGUAACCUUCUGAUAAGCUAAGUCAAUAGGUAAACCAGACUCACUGAACAACCAUAUUAUUAACUUAACAACUGCAGAGAUUCACUUAGCAAGAAAGUGAAAGUGUGGCAAGAAAGGUUGCAAAAUGGGGCAAAACUCACUUAAAAAUAUCUCAGUAACAGAAAUUUUGGGCUCAAUUGUGGUAAGUCGAGGACUACCUAUAAUUCACCUUGGCUUGCACAAUUUUACCUUGCAGGUAAUUUGAUAUAUUGAUGGCUCGGCAUUUAUUUUUUCCUCUAAUCUCUCAAGCAGCAUUCUCAAAUUCUGGUGCCAAAAACAUUUCCACACCCUUUUGUUCUGUACAUUGGCAGUUAAAGGAAAAGAAAAUGGAGGUUAUUUAGACUUGAUCCGAAAAAAAUCCCUGUUUUUGUAGCCACAGAAUACUGGAACGUCAGCUGGAAAAGGAAAAAAAAAUGUGAUGAAAUGAUGGAAGGAGAUACAGAUUACCCUAUCAAUGUGGAAAGUAUUACAUUAAAUGUUUUUGCCGCCUGACUCAGUGACUGGGCAGUUGAUAACAAUGAAAUUAAAAUAAAAACAAUAAAACAGAAAUGAUAAUAACAGAAAGGGCAAUAGACCAGAUGAAUGUGUUUAGGGGUCUUGCUCUCCAUUGUCAGUUUUUUAAUUAAAGUGUUUAUAUCCUAUCCUUUCAAUCCAAAUGAAUAUCGUUAAAUAUUCAUUUAUUAUAUUUAUAUGACUCUAGGCAGCAUACAAUAAAACCAUAAAAACAGAAUUCAUAUUAAAUGCAAACCAUUAUCACUCUUUUGGGGAAGCAACAGAAAACCCUGAUACCACUUUUUCCUAAUCUCUGGGGCAAGAGAAAUUUACAGUGACUUUCCCUGGAAGAAAAAAAUCAGUCUUAGCUUCUUUAAUACAUUACAGGCAGGGGUGAAAUGCUAUUGGUUUGCACCGGUUCGGGCAAACCGGUAGUAAUAAAAACUAUAGGUUCGUCUGAACCGGUAUUUCCGACGAUCAGCUGUGUCGCAUCAUUUAUAUUCGUUAGAAAGCAGGAAACCCUUUCUAGUGAGUAUAAAUUCACAUCCUUUCUAGCGAAUCUAAAUCGCGUGGCACAGCUGUUCCCCCCCCCCACUGUAGGUGAGUAGAACUACUUACCUUCAAACCGCUCCUUUUUCCGUGCAAAGUGCGUAUUUGGUUUGAACUGCGCUCGCAUGCAUGCAUGUGCAGGGUGUGUAUGGCACGUACUGUGCAUGCAUGUGCGUGUGGCAUGCACUGUGCAUGCACAUGCAGUGUGCAUUUGGCAUGCAUAUGCACUCCGCAUGUGUGCGCACAGCGCGUGUUUGGCGGGGAGCGUGCAUGCAUGGGCAGCAAACUGGUGGCAAUCCACUGACGAUUUCACCACUGAUUACAAGUAUACUACAUCUCUUGUGCAAAACAGUUUAUAGUUUGAACAUUUGCAAAUAGAGAGUAAUAUUUCACUUUUUGCAUUUUUAACUAUUACAGCUAUUUUAUGCAUGUGAAGGCUUUUGCUUUCUUAAAAGCAUUAUAGAGUAUAAUUGUGACAGGAUAAUAUUUAGCUUUCUCAAAUUUUAAAUAAAAAAACACCCUUCCCAACAGAUGGAAAAUUAAUGAUGAAAAUUUUGUAAAAAGUUCCCAAAAUUAUUAUAUAUUUUCAUUACAGCCAGGUUAAAGAUAGUGAAGGUUUUUUUUAAAAAAAGCAAACAGUAUUGUACAGAUUCAUUAUAGGUAGAUGCAGUGUAAGAUUUUAAGAGUGGAAAUAAAAAAUGGGAUUAUACUUCCUCCCCAAAGCAUUUGCUCUACCUCCUCGAAUCCAGUGGUGAAUGCACAUUAAUAUAGGAAAUAUGGAAUCAAACAAUUGAUCCAUCUUCCAGUUAUUUAGGGCAAACUCAUGCUUUUUGCUUGGCCAAUUGCCAGUAAUAGCCUGCAGAAAUGGAUGACUCCAGAGGUGGGUUUCAGCAGGUUCUGACCAGUUCUGGAGAACCAGUAGUGGAAAUUUUGAGUAGUUCGGAGAACCGGUUAAUACCACCUCUGACUGGCCCCAUCCCCAUCUAUUCUCUGCCUCUCGAGCCCAGCUGAUCUGGAGGAAAUGGGGAUUUUGCAGUAACCUUCCCCUGGAGUGGGGUGGGAAUGGAGAUUUUACAGUAUUCUUCCCCUGCCAUGCCCACCAAGCCACGCCCACAGAACCAGUAGUAAAAAAAUUUGAAACCCACCACUGGAUGACUCCAACUGCCACUGCCAACGCAUCACAAAUCCAUCCUGUCCUAAUGGUUUCCAUUUUUGAUUCCAAACUGCCAUUUCCCACCUGAGGCAUUUUAAGCCUUUCAGGGUGGUCCUCACUGCUUUGUUCAAUCUAAGCAGAAGCCCCAGUCAAAUGCUAAUGUCCUCCUUUCCCAGCAAUGGCUGGUCACUAACCUGGGGAACCAUUCUAUCCUGGACUACCAUGCUGCUAUGUUCUUCACCACUUGUCAACUUUCAUUUUUUUUAAUACCUCUGCAGAUGACUAACAAUGGUCCCUUAAAUCAAGGGACCAUUCUCACCUCUGGAGGGACUAUCCUCACCACUCAACCUUUGCAUUCCUUGGUGGCCAUUGGUGGUGAAGAAUGCACCCCUAAAUUUCUCACCACAUCCACAGACUUGCAAUGCAAAGCUUCUCCUCCCUUUCAUUUUUAAAGUCACAAUGUUGCCGCUUUAUUUCCACUAAGCUGAACUAUUAAUACAUCCUUGUUACAAAGUGUUCAUAAAUUUAUCAAAAAUGUACCAGUGGAAGAGCAACACGUACCCAUUACAUUGCUUAUUGUAUCAGAGCAGUGAUGAUACCAUCACAGAAAAAAAGAGAGUCUAUAUCAAUGUUGAAAGAGAAGAUGUGAGAAAGAGGUUCAAAGAAUUCAUUUAUGCAAAUCUGGGAAAGCAAAAGUAUGUGAACCAGUGAAGAAGAAGCAAUCCCUAAAACAGGGGUCGGCAGCUUAAACACUCAGAGCCACAAAGGUCCUAACCGGAAGCCCCCCAUUCAAUUCUGGAGCCGACCAGAAAUCUGGUUCCCCCACCAUAGAGUCUCCUCCUAGCGCGGCGUCCUUUUUCUUCUACCUGUCCUAACUGAAAGUCAUAUCAAUUGUGGAGCUGACCGGCGACAGGGAGCCACAGCAGAGGAGUGAAAGAGCCACAUGCGGCUCCAGUUGCUGACCCCUGCCUUAAAAUGAAGAGGAAGGCACCGGAAGACUAUCUUUAUGACUGCCAGCCAGCAAGGUGAAAUGGACAGAGGAAUGACAACCACGUCCUACUAUAAUCAUAAUCCAUAGUUGAGCACCAGUCCAGUCCCACUGCAAUCUGGACAAAAGUGUCUGAAGUUGGCUUAAUAAACUGGACCAGCAGAGGAGACAAUCAGUUUAGACAGCAGGGCAGAAUCCUUGUCUAACUGAAAUUGACUUCUUGGGUUUCAGGAAUCUUUCCCUCCCUUCAUAGGAGAUAAAGAAAAAUUGAACCUGGGACUGUUUGAAAAGGAUGCACUCUAUCAUACUUAUCCAAGUACAUGUCUAGUAUCUGUCUACUUCCCCUUGCAGAGUCAUUUCCAUUUGAUGGUAUAGAACAGUGAUGAUGAAUCUUUUCGGCACCGAGUGCUCAAACAGAAAGGUGCGUGCAUGCAUGCACGCGCCAGCUGGCGGGUCUUCGGGUUUCCAGCGCACACAUGCAUGCCAGCCAGCUGGUCUUCGCAUGCACAAGAGCACCAGAAACCCAAAAACCAGCUGGCCAGCACGCACAUGCCUGUUUUUUGGCUGUUUUUCGGGCCACUUUCAGGACAUUUUCAGGCUGCUUUUCAGGCCAAAAAUGGCCUGAAAAAGGCCCGAAAAAAUGGCCUGAAAACAGCCUGAAAACCAGCCUGAAACAGCCCAAAAAAUGGCCUAGUUUUUGGCCGUUUUUCAGGCCGUUUUCCAGCGCUCGCUUUGGCGCCUGCAAAGACCAGCAUGUGCAUGCCAGAAACCAGAAGAGCAGCUGGCGAUGGUCACCUGCCCACAGAGUGGGCUCUGCAUGCCCCCUCUGGCAUGCGUGCCAUAGGUUCGCCAUCACAGGUAUAGAAUUUCACAUUAGGAAAAAGGCCUAGGAUGGGAGAAAAUUAAGCCUUUUAAUAUAAUCCAAAAAAUGCAAAUGUUAAUUUUAAAAGCAUACAAUUACGGUAUCCAACAUUUUGUCUAGCUGUGCCACAAAUUGGACUUUAGUCUUAUAAACUAAGUCAAUGUUGAAAGUCUUCUCACCCCUCAAUACAAAAAAAUACACAGCAGCUACUUUGCUUAAGUAUUUAAGGAAGUAACCAUGUGAUUAAUUUCCUGCUGGAUUAGAUUAUGAAAGAUUAUUCAGAUUCUUGAGAAAAGAAUAGUUCCAGUGAAAGUGCUUAAAGUGGAAUUUGGCUUGUGGCAUCUUUUCCCUCUUUCAGUAACUCAUUAUCCUUUUUUCCAAAAAGUAGUGUGAUGUGAGUAGUUCCUUUAUUUUGAUGGGUCUUCCCACAAUGUCAUCAAACAGACUGGAACAGCUUCCACUUAUAUUGUGGUCAGCUCAGUCAGCUGCACAGGAGUCUCCUCUGAUCUUGCAUUUCAGAAGAGCCACUUCUUUUUGGAGCAAAACUAAGAGAAGAAUGGGCUUCUGUCGUCUGAUAUAACUAUUUGUGGUAACAUCAUUUAUAAAGAAAGAGCAGGAGAGCCACAUACAUAGCAGAUACUUCUAUGCAGUCAGAAAAUAGGAAUGGAAAUAAAAAUACAAUGUUAUUUAUCUACGUAAAGCUUGCAGUGUGCUUUCACAAUUGUGAGAGAGCUUAAGUCGGGCAAGUACCUCGAACUGCACAGCUCAGAGUUAGAAAAGAAUAAGAAUUGAACGGAGAAAGGAGUGAUGAAGGUCUCAAGAAUAAUAGCUUAACCAAUACGAAACACAUUACAGACAUGCAAAAUAAGUCUUUUAGACCAGUGGUCUCCAACCUUUUGGACACCAGGGACCGAUUCCAUGGAGAAAGGUUUUUCCGUGGACCGGAGGGGUGUGUGGUUUUGCAUGCUGCCUACAUCCCAUGGAUGGAGCUUCACUUGUUUAUACAGUCCAGUUUCUGGCAUGCCGCAACCCGGUGCCAAUCCAUGGACUGGAUGUUGGGGACCCCUGUUUUAGACAAUGAUAGAAAAUAAAAGUGCAUACGCUCUCUACUAACUUUCUUACCUUGUAUUGCUCCUAAUAGUUAAUAGAUUUGUAAAUUCAAAAAGACACCAUGCAAAGAUAAAUUCCAACGGAUCAGUAGUAUCCUGCAGAAGAAAAACACAAUUAGAAUCAUAAUGAGCCCUUCUAGAUCAGACUAAAAACUAGUAGUCCAAAAAUGGCCAAUACCUUAGCAUGAAAGUACACUUCUGCUCAUAUUCUCUAGUAAUGGCAUUCUAAAAUGCACAUUGGUAUUAAAGAAGAUACAUCAUGAGCAGGAGGACUAGAUGACCUCCAAGGUCCCUUCCAACUCUGUUACUGUUACUAUAAACAGUAAAUAGUUUUAAUGCUUCAUAGAGCUGCACAUUAUGAAGAAUUCCUUUAACCUAUCUCAAAUCUUCCAUGAUUUGAUUUAUUGUUUCAUUUACUUUCCCAAAAUGAAAAUUUAUUUGGCAAAUCGAUAGCAGAGCUUAUACGAUCAGUUCCCCAAAACUGUACUAUAAAAAAUACAUCUAAUUAAAUGGAGAAGUAAGGGAGAAAAAAAAAGACAAAACAGAAAGUAGAUACUCAUCACAUUGUACAAUUCUGGGUAAUUUGCAACAAAUUUAAAUAAGUUUGAGAUCUAAUCAAGUGCAGCAACACCUACAAAGCCCCACUUCCUGGAGAGAAAGCCAAGAAUAGAUUUGAUAUAAAAAGAUCUAAGAACUUCAUUCUGCUACUAAUUUUAAACUAUUAGACUGAUGUGCUCAAAAGCACCUAUUCCUUAAACAGGGAUGUCAAAUUGGUGGCCCGCAGACCGGAUGUGUCACACCAUGCCCACCCCAGCUUCGCAAAUGGGAAAAAUGUCACGAAACAUCACGUGAUGGCAACAUGACGCGGUGAGUUUGAGACCUGUGGCUUAAUACAUAUGGGAAACAUACAUUGGCCAUAUGAUAUCUAAAGCAAGUACUCCUUUAUUAAAUGUGUAAUAAUCUACAAGGAAUUCAAUAGUAUAAGGAAUUCAAUUAUGUGAAAAUUUGUCCCAUUUCAGAGACAGGAAAUAGAACAUAGAAUAUAAAUGCAUUUCUGGAAAUAGUAGCCAAGAAGCAUGUGCAUUUUGUGUUACACAUGAAAAUGUUGCAGAGUACAAUAUUGUGAACAGGGAAUGCUGACUCCAGCUCAUAAAGGAUUUGCUGACUGAGCUCUCAAAUCUCUUGACUGCAGUCACAGUACCAUAAAUCACAUGUAAUUGCAUUCAUAGAACACACUAAGAUAUACCCUACACUAUUGUUUAGCAUAUGUAUAAAUCAGACUUGGAUCUGGAACAUAUUAUAUUGCAGGUGGUAGAUCACAGGAUUGCAACUGUAUGUUUCUCCACAUUUCUGCCAAGAUAUUAAAACAAUCUAGCCUUCCCUAUUUUUUUUUCCUGUUUUUCAAUGUGUAUGGUAUUUUUCUUUUAUAUGGAAGGUUUCUGGCUGUUCUCCCCAGACCCAGUCUGCCACCUCAUGGCCUAAAUAAAAUGUUGGUUGAAAGGU